AUGUUAAUCGUACUGAACAGUCGGUUUUUUGCGAGCCUCAUCGAGCGACGGUUGCAAACGCUCGUGGAGUCCUUCGCCGACCAGGACCCCGACCGGAAGAUCCAUCAUUCCGUACAUUUGCUCGAACGUGCCGGUGCUAAGUGUUUCACCCUUAUGCUCUCCACAGCGCGCACCGUUGCGGCGUCGAGCUCGAGCCGGUUGCAUUCACCCGUCGCCUGGAACCGGAGGUCGGCGCAGGAUUACUACGAUCUUGAGGCGGGCGAAACCGAACGGACGCCGCUACUGUACGCGAGGGACAAUUCGCGCGAAGCGUUGCGCUACCGGACAAAGCUGCGCCCGGCCAAUCCGAACCGAGUGCAUCCGGUGGCGUUAGGUCUUAUGGUGGCGUUGCUGAUAUUCCUGCUGCUUGGUGUCGUGAUCGGCGUGUAUCUGCUGCUGCUAACGGUUCAACGUCCUUGGCCCGUUUCGCAUCCAUUCUUUCUAGUCGAACGAACCGCCUGGUGGCAGUAUCCGAUAGCGAUGGAGGCGGCAACACUCGACAGGCAAGCGAUUACGGAUGUGAUCGUGGUGCACACGGACUCGGAAGGCUGUUUCGAUCAGGGGCAGUGCGUGCGCUUUCUGCAAAACACCGAACAAAGCUACUGGUCGGUUGGUGGUGGCCACAUUCCGUACAACUUCCUCGUAGGGGGUGACGGUGUGACGUACGAAGCACGUGGCUGGAAGAGUCAGCACGGGUUUAAGGAUCUUCCCGGACAGAACACAACACUGGUAGUGGGCAUGAUCGGCAACUUCACCGAUCGUCAACCGACGGCUGUACAGUACGCAGAGUUGAAGGCAUUCUUUACGGAGUCAAUCCGUCGCUUCAGUCUCUCGCCACAAUAUCGACUACAUGGUGCCAUUAAUUCUACCCGUGCCGCGAAUGACGGUGCCGCCCUAUAUAACCAACUCCAACGAUGGCCCCACUGGAACGGGUUUGUGCACCAGCAGGUGUGA